ACGAUUUCCAAUUUUAUUUAAAACGUUUCGUGCAAACUUUUUUAAUUGGAAAAUGCUGAGCUUUUUCUAAAAAUUAUCAAAACAUCUCUUCCCCCUUGUGGAAGUUGUGAUUUUUCCUCUUCCAUUUUUCUUUUUCUAGACUGAAGUAGAAAAGGUAAAUUUUGGGGAUAAAUAAUAACUCUAAAUUUGUUUAUCUGUUGAGCUUUUGUGGUUUUUCCUCUUCCAUUUUUCUUUUCUCCCAUUCGCAGCCCAUCCCGUUCCGUUCUUCAGCUUUGCCUCGAAUUCCGCCGGUGUCCGGUUCUUUUGCCUUCCAGUGAAUAUAUGUGCGGGUUAUUCAGCCAUUGCCAUUGUUUCAAAUUUAUCAUCAAGAAGGAUAGGUGCAAAAAGGCGAGGCAGCCAGUAUAGCAUAGUGGCCUCCAGGAGUCCAGGUGACCAGUUAAGUAUAUUAGCCAGCUGUCACUUGAGAGUGUUAGCUUGCCACAGGAAGUACGAUGAUUGCUGCUUUUCAGCUCCAUUAAACUGCAUAUUCUUCUUAGCUGGCUCAGAGCACGGGCCAGCGAUAGCUAGUAUAUAUAACUCGGUGUGUUUUUAUUUUCAAUUGAAUAUCAACCUGCUGCCUCUCCCAAGACCUGAAAAGCCACAGUCAAACCGCACAGAAACAAUAAAGAAGGUGAUGGCGAUGGUCGUCAGGAGAAGCAGGAGCUCUGUAUGUCUCUCGCACGAAGUCCUCUCUUCCAGGAACUCACUUCCCUGCUCAUACACCCAGAGGCAGACCUAUGUAGAUGUGUACAUGAAAUGGAAGAAAGACUCAUUUUUUGACUCCAUUGAUACCAUUCACAGAUCAGUUCAACUCAAGCCUUUAAUUGCUCUCAAGAACUGCAUAGUCUCCUCUUCACCUGAUGAUUAUUGCGUCCCCAUUUCUGCAAUUUCAAAGAAAGACUUGGAGUUAGGAAUACCCAUUAAGGUUGCCAGGUUCUUGAGGUUGUACCCAUCUGUUUUUGAGGAAUUUACUGGCCCUAAAUACAAUUUGCCUUGGUUUAAGCUGACCCAGAGGGCUGUUGAGCUUGAUAGACAGGAGAAAGAGGUGUAUGUAAAAUUUAAAGAUGAUAUCGUUUCGAGGCUGAAGAAGUUGAUACUGAUGAGUGGCAGGGAAAAGAUGCUUCCUUUAAAGGUAAUUCAGGGUCUGCAAUGGUAUUUGGGUUUACCCGACGAAUUCUUGAGUAACCCAGAAGACAAUCUUGAUAAGUGUUUCAGACUUGUGGAAAUGGAAGAUGGAUUGAAAGGGCUAGCUGUUAAUGUCGAUGGAAGUGAGAGUUUUUUAUCGAUGAUGCAGAGGAAUGCAAUGAGUAGAGGAAUGUAUAGUGGUGUGGAGGGUGAGGUACUAGAAUUUCCAUUGUUUCCGUCAAAGGGAUUGAGACUUAAAAGGAAGAUUGCAGACUGGUUUGAUGAGUUUCAGAGGCUUCCGUAUGUUUCACCCUAUGAGGAUUAUUCUGGUUUGGAUCCAAACAGCGAUAUAGCGGAAAAACGAGUGGUGGGUGUGCUUCACGAGUUGCUUAGUUUGUUUGUUGAGCAUGCUGCAGAAAGGAAGAAGCUGUUGUGUCUUAGAAAACACUUAGGGUUGCCACAAAAAGUUCACAAGGCGUUUGAGAGGCAUCCUUAUAUCUUCUAUUUGUCAUUGAAUAAUAAGACUUGCACUGCAAUACUGAAAGAAGCUUACUGUGAUAGAGGGGCUAUAGCGCAACAUCCUUUAGCAAAAGUGAGGAAAAAAUACAUCAGUUUGAUGAAGGAGUCAGAGGGUAUGCUGAAACGUAAAAGGUUAAACAAUAGACCACAUGAUCAGGGUAACAUGAAUAUAAAGGAUUUGGAUUAUACAGAUGAUGAGGAAGUGAAACUGCAACGGAGUAGCGCUGCUCUUUGAGGUUUGCAGCUAAAACAAUUUUUUUUUUUUGAGAAUGGUAACAUAGCUAAAACAAGGUCUUGGAUCUAAAGUGAUGAUAAAUGGGAAGGAGAGGGGCAAUGAAAGAAGAACUGUUUUAAGUAGACGGCUGGGAAAUUUUUUCUUAAUCUGGAACAGCUUCCGAGGUGGGAUAAAGGCUUUUUGGGCGGAAAGGUGGACAUAGCGCGUGGAUUCUGCACUUCUCUCAUUUGUUAAUGGUGAUUCCAGUAUGAUGGCACUGACCACAGAACAUGCAAAGGACACAUAGCAUGAUGUAUUAUCAAUGGAGCCUCAAGUCUUAACCAAGAGUACACGAUUUGCUUGCGAGAUACAUUGUUAGAUGGUUGAUGCGCUCUAUCUCUAUAUCUGAAAGGCACAACGCUACAUGUAUGAAGUGAUGUUGGAUAGUUAUUGAGCUCACUGUAUCUCAUUGUUUUCUCAUACAUCUAAUUUAAUUUUUUUUUGUUUCCUUUGUUUUAUGCUUUCUUUUGUUGUUUCUUCUUAGGUGACUUCCCACCUGACAAUGGCCUGCUUCCUGCACGGUUAUGAAAAUAUUGAAGUGGGAGUAUUUCAACUAUGUCAUCAAGUCUGAGCUUUAAACACAUGGAACUAAUAAGUAUUUGCUCAUGCUUUUGCGUUCAAUUCAAAGAUCCAAUGCUUUGUUUGGCCUGUGAGACCUCAACAUUAUUUGAUUUUGCGAUAU